GUGCUGAUCGAGACGCUGUGUGCGCUGGGGGCGCAGUGCCGCUGGGCUGCCUGCAACAUCUACUCCACCCAGAACGAAGUGGCUGCUGCCUUGGCAGAAGCUGGUGUUGCCGUGUUUGCCUGGAAGGGGGAGUCAGAGGAUGACUUCUGGUGGUGCAUUGACCGCUGUGUUAAUGUAGAUGGCUGGCAGGCCAACAUGAUCCUGGACGAUGGUGGGGACCUGACCCACUGGGUUUAUAAGAAAUAUCCCAACGUGUUCAAGAAGAUCCGGGGGAUUGUGGAGGAGAGUGUGACCGGCGUGCACAGGCUGUACCAGCUCUCCAAGGCUGGGAAACUCUGUGUCCCAGCCAUGAAUGUGAACGACUCUGUGACCAAACAGAAAUUUGAUAACCUGUAUUGCUGCCGGGAGUCCAUCCUGGACGGCCUGAAGAGGACCACGGAUGUGAUGUUUGGAGGGAAGCAAGUGGUGGUUUGUGGUUAUGGGGAGGUUGGCAAGGGCUGCUGUGCUGCACUGAAAGCCCUGGGAGCCAUCGUCUACGUCACGGAGAUCGACCCCAUCUGUGCUCUCCAGGCUUGCAUGGAUGGGUUCCGGGUGGUGAAACUGAGUGAAGUCAUCCGUCAGGUGGAUGUUGUCAUCACCUGCACAGGCAACAAGAACGUGGUGACCAGGGAGCACCUGGACAGGAUGACGAACAGCUGCAUCGUCUGCAACCUGGGCCACUCCAACACCGAGAGCGACGUGACCAGCCUCAGGACCCCGGAGCUGACCUGGGAGCGGGUCCGUUCCCAAGUGGACCACGUCAUCUGGCCGGAUGGGAAGCGGGUGGUGCUGCUGGCCGAGGGUCGUCUUCUCAACCUGAGCUGCUCCACAGUUCCCACCUUCGUCCUCUCCAUCACAGCCACCACUCAGGCUCUGGCUCUGAUUGAGCUUUACAACGCUCCCGAGGGCCGUUACAAACAGGACGUGUACCUGCUGCCCAAGAAGAUGGAUGAGUAUGUGGCCAGUUUGCAUCUGCCUUCGUUCGACGCCCACCUGACCGAGCUGACGGACGACCAGGCCAAGUACCUGGGACUCAACAAAAAUGGGCCUUUCAAACCCAACUACUACAGGUGA